GGUGUGAUGGGUAGACAAGAGAGAGAAGGUGUGGGCCCAUCCACCGCCCAUACGCACGCUGUCUUACCCAAACCAAAACCCAUCAUCGAUCUAUUUCCUUGACCUAAGCCUAACCCAACGAUGACCUAAAAGAGAAUCGACCCACCACUGCUCUCCUUCUUCUCCUUUUCCUUCUCCAUCUCUCUCUCUCUCAAACCUUCAACAACAGCAACAAAGGACCUUCCAAAACUUAACUACCAUACCCACCAAGAGCUUAGCUCAGAGAGAAGAACAAAUAUGGAUGAUUCAGCUACAAAAUUGGUCUAUCUUGCCCAAAACUUUCCCCUUUCCCCUUCUCUUCUCAAGGAUUGUAGCAAUUGAAAACCAAAUUCAAAACAAGAGAAGGGAUUUUCUUGUUGCUUCCUUCUGUUCCACAUCUGGGUUUCAAUCUAUUUAUUGUGCAUGAAGAGUAGGAAGCCUUGAAGAAGAAGAAGAAGAAGACAGAGAAAGAGCAAAGAAGAGAUGGAUCAAGUAACAGCAUCGGCACAUGGCCUUGCUCUUCCCCCUCCUUUCCAUACUAGAGGUCUUCCUCUACACCACCCCCAUCUUCAACUCCAGCAACAACUCCAGCACCACCACCACCAACAACAACAAAAUCUGAAUUCUGAAGAUGAUCAUACCGGCACCAGUGCCUUCAAAAAAGGUAAGAAACUCGAUCGUGAUGACAACAAUAGAAGCAACAACGAAGAUGAUGAUGAAGACAGCAACGACGGGAAGGAAAUGACUCUUGGAGCCAACUCUGGAGGAGGAGAAGGAGGAGAGUUCACUAGGAGACCUCGAGGUAGACCUUCAGGCUCCAAGAACAAACCUAAGCCCCCAAUCAUCAUAACCAGAGAUAGUGCAAAUGCUCUCCGAGCCCAUGUCAUGGAGAUUGCCAACGGUUGCGAUAUUGGUGAAAGCGUCGCCACAUUUGCCCGGCGCCGGCAAAGAGGAGUCUGCAUUUUAAGUGGUAGUGGUACUGUAACUAAUGUUACCCUCCGGCAACCAGCUGCACCCGGUGCAGUUGUAACCUUACAUGGACGGUUUGAAAUCUUAUCUCUUUCUGGAUCAUUCUUGCCACCCCCAGCUCCACCGGCGGCGACCGGAUUAACUAUAUAUUUAGCAGGUGGACAAGGCCAGGUGGUCGGCGGUAGUGUCAUUGGAGCGCUUGUGGCAUCGGGUCCGGUGGUAAUUAUGGCGGCUUCCUUCUGUAAUGCCGCUUAUGAACGAUUGCCUCUCGAAGAUGAAGAGCCGCCGCUUCCAAUGCCGAGUGGCGGCCUUGAACCAGGAAUGAUAGGUCAACAACAACAGCAACAACAGCAGCAACAGCAACAACAGCAACAGCUAAUGCCAGACCCUAACACACCACUUUUUCAUGGGUUACCACCAAACCUUCUCAAUCCUGGCCAAUUACCAGCUGAGGCAUAUUGGGCUACCGGUCGCCCUCCUUAUUAACAACAACAAUAACACACAAAGAAGCAUCUCCCACUUGUUUUCACCUUUCCCUCUACCUUUUUUUCUCACCAAGAAAAGAAACCCUAGAGGCAUUGGAGCUGAUCUGAGGAGAAUUAUUGGGUUGUUGAAGACUAGGAUUUUCUUUUCAUUUCGUUCAUCUUCUUCUUCUUCUUCUUUUUAUCUUUGAUUUUGGUUUCGGGUUUAGUGAUCAGAUGAUUCAUAUGCCUUUGGAUUGAAGAAGCUGUGUACAAAUCAAGGAAUUCUUGGUGAGUUUUAGUUUUUUUUUACAACAAUAGCUAUCUUAACUUGCCCCCCAAGUGAUAAACAGCAUAGAAGAAGAAGAGCAGCAAAUGGGUACAACAAGGGAAGAACAAUAAGAAGGAAGAAGAAUGAAUGAUGGGCUUUCUCUUUCUUUUUCUGUUGCAGCUCUGGUAACUUGUCUGAUAAUUCUUCUUGCUCUGCAGAAGGAAAUUGAUGGUUUUUGGUGGUCUUUCCAUGUUUUGCCUUUUCUCUGUCAUAGUUUAGUUUUUGUCUGAAUGCUUCAGCUUCCAUUGCAUGAUUCAACUACUCCACCUCCCCCCCACCCCCAACCCCC